AUGUCAAGCGAACAAGAGACUGAUCAAGCAAUCGAAAUCUGGAGGUACCGUAAAUUACUUACGAUGCUCGCCAAUUCAAGGGGUGCAGGUACUUCAUGUAUCACCCUUAUUCUACCUCCAAGAUCUCAAAUAUCCCAAGCAAGUAAUAUGUUAACCACUGAAUACGGUACUGCUUCAAACAUCAAAUCUCGUGUUAACAGGUUAUCUGUGUUAUCAGCUAUCACUUCAACUCAACAAAAGCUCAAACUCUACAACCGAGUUCCCGACAAUGGUCUGUGUGUAUUCGUCGGUACUGUUCUUAACGAUGAAGGAAAAGAAAAGAAGAUCUCAUUCGCUCUUGAACCUUUCAAACCCAUCAACACUUCAUUGUAUAUGUGUGACAGUAGAUUCCAUGUUGAAGCUCUAGAAGAAUUAUUGGAGAAUGACUCAAAAUGGGGUUUCAUCAUCAUCGAUGGUAACGGAGCUCUAUUCGGCACUUUAUCCGGUAACACUCGUGAAGUUGUACACAAAUUCACCGUUGAUUUACCAAAGAAACAUGGUCGAGGUGGUCAAUCCGCUUUACGUUUCUCACGUCUUCGAGAAGAGGCCAGACGAAAUUAUGUACGAAAAGUCGCUGAAAUGUCUGUACAACAUUUCAUCACUGCCGAUAAAGUGAAUGUAGCAGGAUUGGUUCUGGCUGGUAGUGCAGAAUUGAAGACUGAUUUAAGUGGAAGUGAUCUGUUCGAUCCUAGAUUAUUGGCUAAAGUAGUUAAAAUCGUUGAUGUUUCAUACGGUGGUGAAAAUGGUUUCAACCAAGCUAUUGAAUUAGCAGCAGAUUCACUCGCCAAUGUUAAAUUCGUACAAGAGAAGAAACUUAUCCAAAAAUACUUUGAUGAAAUCGCUCUCGAUACUGGAAAAUACUGCUUUGGUAUCACUGAUACCCUCAAGGCUUUGGAUAUGGGUGCUGUGGAAACCUUGAUCGUUUGGGAACAACUGGAUGUCGUUAGAAACACCUUGAGAAACGCUGCUGGUGAAGAAGUAAUUGUAUUCGCUUCACCAGGUGAGAAAGAUCGAGAGAAGUUUAUGGAUAAAUCAACUGGAACAGAAAUGGAAUCAGCUGCUGAACCUCAACCAUUACUCGAAUGGUUCGCCGAGAGAUAUAAGGAAUUCGGAGCUACAUUGGAGUUCGUAACCAAUAAAUCUCAAGAAGGUUCACAAUUCGUCAAAGGUUUCGGUGGUAUUGGUGGUAUUUUGAGAUACAAAGUAGACUUCACUGAGUUGGGUGAUUUAGAUGAUGAAGAUGAUGAAUUUUACGGUUCUGAUGAGGACAGUGACAUCUAA